AUUGGCCGAAAACACUCGCACAAAAGCACCCAAUGCAGACACGCUCCAAGACAGCAAGCACCUCGGGUUCUCUGGUCGCGACGACCAGCAGCAGUGGCACGGCGGCGUUGGCCCCGACGACCAGCAGCAGAGGCUUGGCUGGUGCUGAUGUAGUACUUGGUUGUCGCGAGAUUACUGUCCAAGACAUUCGUAAUGCGUGCGUUUCGUCGAAGACGUACAGAGCAUACAAAGGAAGUUUGGCCUCAAUUUCAAAAUGGAUUCGGGCUUCGAAAGGCGAGAGCGGAUCGCACUACUUUACUGCUGAUGGAGAGAUUGAUGUUGGAGUGUUUACGGCGCGGGAUUUUGAGUCCUUCCUGUUGGAGAAGAGGAAGACGGUUAGUGUGGUGACUUUGAGUGGAUAUCGGAGUGCGAUAAAGAAUCUUUAUCGUCGUCGGGACGUCCCUCUACCUAUUGCGUACGAGAAGAGCAUGGCAACCUUCUUCUCAGGGCUGAAGCGCAUGGAAGCAACGCGCCUUCAGUCGGGAUCUCCGAAGGAGUCAGGCAAGGACCCACUGCCGUUCUGGAGAAACUUGAUGCAACGUAUUAGCGAGGCGGCCUUGCAGGGUGGGUGCCAAAUCACAGUCGACAUGUCAGAACAAGUAGUAGAAAAAGUGUUUAGAGUAGGUAUGCAGAACUUACCGCUUCUCGCUUCGACUCGAAAGCGCAGAGUAUCAGAGUUAUCUCUCGGAACAACACUACGGCAAGCUGCCCAAAAGUGAUCUCGCAGCGCUCCUGUCUAAUUGGAUGAAAUUAACAAUGUAUAAACCAAUAGAAAAUGCACCUACGUCGGAU